GGAGAAGCUAAACUGAGAGUGAAUAAAAGCCGACGAGCGCCCAGUUGAUGUUGUCAAGGAGAGAGUUAACGGAGUUAUGUGAACGGCACACUGACGCGCCGACACACCUGAGCGGUAUGAAAGUGCUGGGUUUAUUUGAAUAACGGCGACCUUUCGCGGGGACUGAAAGUUAACCAACUUCAGCGGUGAAACGAAAGCGACGUUGAACGUUGGAGUGGUGUUCAGGUUGGUGGUGGGUUGCGAUGCAGUCGGCCAGGAUGCAAAUUUGAAAGAUGUUCCGCAAGGUGAAAAAACGCCACAGCAGCAGCAGCUCUCAGAGCAGCGAAAUCAGCACCAAAAGUAAGUCUGUAGACUCCAGUUUGGGAGGACUUUCCAGGUCCAGCACAGUCGCCAGCCUCGACACGGACUCAACUAAGAGUUCAGGAAACAACAUAUCGGAAACAUGCGCAGAGUUCCGGGUGAAGUAUGUGGGAGCCAUUGAGAGGUUGCAGUUUGACAUGAGCAAGACGCUCCAGGAACCUCUCAACCUCAUCAAUUACAUUGAUGCCGCGCAGCAAGAUGGAAAGCUGCCGUUUGUGCCGGGUGAUGAGGAGAUGAUUCUUGUUGUAUCAAAACACGGAGUCAAAGUGGCCUCGCUGGACCAGUGUGAUGUCUUGCACCGCCACCCUCUCUACCUGAUCGUGCGCAUGCUGUGCUACGACGACGGCUUUGGUGCGGGGAAGAACCUGCUAGCCCUCAAAACCACUGACCCCGAACAGGAGGGGUGCAGCAUCUGGGUGUACCAGUGCAGCAGCUCUGAGCAGGCUCAGGCCAUCUGCAAGGUACUCUCAGCUUCCUUUGACUGUGCACUCACAUCAGACAAGUCCUGGGGACGGAAAGAGUGAAAUAAAACCAGCAAAGGGGGCCCACCAUGACUGACAAAUGCGACCCUUUCUCUUGUAGCCAAGGUUUUUUUUUUUUUUUUCAAUAGAUACUACCUGGAUGGCAAAUCAAUUCCUGUACCCACCAACCACCAUGCAAACCAUCUCAUAUGGACUUUGCAUGCAAAAAGCUGUUGGGGAACAAAAGGAAGAUUGUAUUCCUUUUAAUGUAUUUGAGGAAUAUAUGGCACAAAGUGGUACAUAAUGUCUAUUAACUCAUUCGGCAAACGUUUGGUGCAACUGUAAGGGUACGAUUCUUGAAAUGUGUCCACUUGUCCUUAAUUGUGAGACUUGAAUUUAUUAAUAUACAUUUAGUGUUUGUGACCAAUAAUAUCAGAAAAAAAAAUUGUGGUACAUCAUCUUUUAUUUGUUCUGCCAUUGUCACGUUCACCCAUUUGUUGUGCAGUUUUGAAAAUGUGUGUGACAUUAAAUGAGUGAAACGUC